UUCAGUUUCCCACUCCGCCGCUCCCCGCCCCGGUCGCCAUUGCUGAGCUCUAAAUAAACGAUUCGAGGCCACCAUUUCCCACUGCUCACCAUUGCCACCUCCUAGCUGUUCUCUCUGGCGUUAUUUGCUCCUCGAUCUGCCACGCAGUGUGAGAGUAGGCAACAAACAGAAAAAAAUGGAAAACUCCGGUCGUUCCUUUUUCCAGGAUUUGAAAUCGAGAGAGGUCAAUGGAUUCAGAGUGAGAAAGCGGGCGUAUGCUGGCAACGAUGCCCAAGGGUAUGACCUAAUUGGUGCUGUGGCAGUCGAGCAUGAAUCCGAGCCUUCACCUCCGAUGGCCGUGUCUUUUUGCAAGACUAGUAGCAAUUCCCAUAUACUCGCUCUUGCUGAUGAGGGAGGUUACGUUAACUUGCUUAAUACAAGACAGAGGUUCUUGGGUUCCUCUUCAUACAGAGAAAACGCUGAGAAAGCUAAAAUUUCCGAGUGGGUAGCUCAUCAAAAUGCCAUAUUUGACCUAUGCUGGAUCAAGGAUGAUGCAAAUAUGCUGACUGCUUCAGGAGAUCAAAGUAUUAAAGUUUGGGACACACAAGAAAAAACGUGCAUUAGGGCAUUGAUGGGGCACACUGGGAGUAUCAAAUCCAUCAGUUGCCAUCCCACUAAUCAGGACCUUGUCGUGUCUGGUUCAAGGGAUGGGUCAUUUGCUGUGUGGGAUAUCAGGAGCUCCAAAAAUGUCAAUCAGAAGUUUUGUGCAUCGCAUAUUUCAGUAGUUCACGAGGCUCAUACCUCUGGUCGAAGGUGGAGAAGGCACAAAAAGGCUGAAUCCAUGAGCAUAACAUCAGUGCUUUAUCUGAAGGAUGAGGUUUCUCUUGCUACUGCAGGAGCAGUUGACAGUGUUAUCAAGUUCUGGGACACAAGGCAUCUUAAAGCUCCAGUUACUCAUACUUGCCUCAAUUCUGAGUCUUCAAGUGAGGAGAAGACAUUGCAUGGCAUAUCUAGCUUGUCUCAAGAUAUGAAUGGGGUUUUCAUUACUGCUUCAUGCAUGGAUCACAGAGUAUAUUUGUACAAUUUACUUCAGCUUGAAAAGGGACCGACAAAAAUUUUCUCGGGAGGCCGGAGAGACUCAUUUUUCGUCAAGGCAGCAAUCAGUCCUGAUGCAGCUAACAUACUCAGUGGCUCCAGCGAUGGCAAUGCCUACAUGUGGCAGGUCAGCAAACCUCACGCAGAUCCAAUCAUCUUGGAAAGCCAUGAUGGGGAAGUCACAGCAGUGGAUUGGUGCCCAUCAGAAAUGGGAAAAAUUGCAACUUGCUCAGAUGACUUCACUGUUCGUCUUUGGAACAUUCACAACAGCUGUUACUCGAGCACACGGUCCCCCUCCUCGAUGCGAAAGCGAGUAAAGGCAUUGCCAAGAAUUGAGAGAAGAAAGCUAUUCAGGGAUAAUGAUGAAGAACCUUCACCCUCUCCAAUGGCAGAGGUAGAGGUCAGCACCCCAAAAUCUCAAAUGAAAAAGUUUGAUGCCGCAGCAGAGGAAGAAGAAGAAGGUUUAGAGAAAGCCACACCAGAAGCUGAAAAGAAGAGCCCUUCAUCUGUUCUGAAUCCUCCUUCUUCCUUGAAGAGAAAGACAAUCAAAGACUAUUUUCUACACUACUCAUGAAUUUCUUCUACUAUUACAUUUCUAGAACUAUAAUUGCAAUAUACACACAAACGCUAAUGUUUGUUUUACAUCAUUCACUCAGCAUAAUAGUAAUCUGUUUGUGUAUGUAUUAGCAAAUCAUUAUAUUAGGGUUAAUGUAUAUUUAGAUAGAAAGCAAUCAUUA